AUGAUCAGACAAGCCCUCAGACCCGCGACCCGUAUUGUUGGCACUCCUGCUCUUAGAGCCUGUGUGCGGUUCAACGCCACCGCCGCCGACGCCGGCGCCGCCUCGCUGGCCGCCGCCCCCGUCGACCCCAAGAUCGCCGCCAUUGUCGACCAGAUCUCGACGUUGACGCUUUUGGAAACCUCGGCCCUCGUCACCGAAUUGAAGACGAGAUUAAACAUUUCCGACAUCGCCUUGCCCGCUGCCGGGGCUGCCCCCGCCGCCGCCCCCGCCGCCGAAGCCGAGGCCCCUAAGGAAGAAGUGGAAGAAAAGACGAUUUUCUCGAUCAAGUUGGAAUCGUUUGACGCCAAGGCCAAGCCCAAGAUCAUCAAGGAAGUGAAGACGCUUUUGGGGUUGUCGCUCGUCGAAGCCAAGAAGUUUGUCGAGGCCGCGCCCAAGGUGUUGAAGGACAACGUCGCCAAGGAGGACGCCGACAAGAUCAAGGCGACUUUGGAAGGCUUGGGGGCCAAGGUGGCGCUCGAAUAG